UUCGGGGGCGCCUCAACGAUGGAGAGCGUUUCUUGAGUUCUUCCUGCUUAAACCCUGAGCUUCAUCAGUUCAAAGCUGUCUCUCCUCCAUCGCCAUGGGUUUCUUCGAUCUCAACAUUCCUUACGAUGAGCACUCGUCUUCAUCUUCAAUUAGGGUUAAUCGCAUCAAGAUUGUGGCCAAACUGAUGGAGCUAGGCUACUCCGGAAUCGCCUACAAUCGUACGAUCAAAGGAGUGAUGUCUGAUAAGGACCGUUGUACUAUUCCUCUCCUUAAUGUUUCAUCACUUCAAAGUAUCCUUCCAACCUUCUCUGCCUCGUUGGAGUUCCACCGCAAUCUUCUCGGCGUCCCGCGGUCCUCUCCUUUCCGUCAGUACACGCGUCUUACUAUUUGUAUCAAUAGUUUGCAGGAGAUUCUGGCAGUCAAUUCUGGCAACCUCGUUCUGAAGACCUACGAUUUGAUUGCUGUGAAGCCUCUCAAUCAGAAUGCUUUUGAGCAGGCUUGUGAGAAAUUGGAGAUAGACAUAAUUGCAAUUGAUUUUGCGGAGAAACUGCCUUUCAGGUUGAAGCAAGGUCACAUAAAAUCUGCAAUUCAGCGUGGAGUUUACUUUGAAAUUAUGUACUCUGAUCUUCUUUCAGACGUUCAUGCAAGGAGGCAAAUGAUAUCUGCUACUAAGGUCUUGGUGGAUUGGACAAAAGGAAAGAAUCUCAUAUUAUCUAGUGCUGCCUCUUCUGUAAAUGAAAUUAGAGGACCUUUUGAUGUUGCAAACUUGUCAUCCUUGCUUGGUGUCUCUAUGGAGCGAGCAAAAGCUGCUGUUUCAAAAAAUUGUCGCAAUCUUAUAGCUAAUGCUUUAAAGAGAAAGCAGUUCUACAAGGAGACGAUUCGAGUUGAAAGGAUAUCAUCAGAUGAUAAGUUAGAUUCGAAUGACCCUUGGUCAGUGGAUUUGUUCAAAUGGGAUCCUAUAUCAAGUGGCGAAGGUGAUUUGCUAUUGGAUGAUAUAGCAAAAUCUUUUGCUGCCUCUAAUACAUCAAAAAUUGUGAAAGCCAUUGAUUUCACUUCAGUCAUUGACAACAUGCCUCCACAAGGUUUUCUAGUCAAGAAUGUGAUAUCAGGCUCUGAGGCAAAAGUGUCGUUGAAUGAUAACAGAGGCUCGUCGCAUGUUGUUGAUGCCAUUGAGCCACCAAUUGCAGUAAAUGGAGUAAUUCAACAGUCCUGUCCUCUUGAUGGUAAACAUUGUUCUACAUCCGAUCGUCAAUGCUCUGGUGAUGCAGGAAACGUUAGAAGUAAUUCUGACGAAGACAAAUGCACUGUCGAAGAAAUUGUGCAGCCCAAGGCCUCAAUGCAGGAAAAACCUAUUGGAAUGGACAUUGAUAAUGUGCAACCACAAAACCCGCUACCCAGUAGCGAGUUAAAUGUAGUAUCCACAAAUGUGUUCGUGCAUUGUCCUACAUCUACCAGAGAUGUAUUAGAUGUUGUUUUAAUAAAUGAUGGAAAAGAAACUUCUACAAUGUCGGAGGAUGUCGAUUCUCAUCGGAAUGAGUAUUGCUUAAGAAGUUCUGAUACAUUGUCUGGUUUAGAAAGUGUGUUGAGGGACAAAAGUUCAACUAAUUUGGUUUCAGAAAAUCAAAAGAAUAUGACUAUGGUAAUAGAUGGUUCAUUUACAGAUGAAGAAUGUUUAGUUGGUGCAAGACUUGGGGAGCCUAUGGAUGUAGCAGCAGUCGAGGAUCGGGUUUCUCCUCUUAGUUCUUGUAUGAUUGAUAUAAAAGAUGAUUAUUUGAUCUCAAUUCGACAACAAACAUCUGAGGUGUUAGUGGAAGAGAAAAAAAGUGGAGAAACUGACCCUCAGAUCAAUCCUCCACCUCUAGAUCAAUCUAUAUCUGCCGUAAUGUCAACAGGGACAUGUCGUGCAAAACGAAAGAGACAUCAACAUCAUCCUCCGCGGUUAACCAAUCCUAUGGUUUUCAAGAGAGUUCAGGAAACAUAUUCAGAGAAAUACCGAUCAAAACGGAGGAGACAUCGACCAGCGCUAUUGCUUCCAUUCAAGCGCUUAAUCAAUCCUCUGUUCUUCAAGAAGAGUCCAAACCAACUGGCCCACCGGGAUCCAACUGUGUGGCUUGAGACUUCAUGAAUCUUCCUCACUGCUUGUGAAGCCGAACGGAUGCAUCAUAGAAUUUCAUUGGUGGAAAUGGAAUCAUACAUUGAUGAUAAACCUCUCACCUGAAAAUCACCGGCGGGAAGGGAUAGCUUGUGUAGGACGUUAUCGGAGGAGAGCGGUGGUGGCGGUGGCG